AUGUUGAAGUGGAUUCAGGGUGGUAUUUCAUCGGUAACAGGUAUUGCGGAACCCCAAUAUGGCAAGGAGUAUAUUCACACUGCAACGGAUAGAGUGAAGGGGAAGCAACCAUUCCAUGAGACUAGUAUACAGGAUUUCAAAUGGCAAAACCCAGCUUCUACUAAUGUGGAGACGUUUACUUUUUACUUCACUCAGCUAGAGAGUGGAGUGACUGGGUUUGCUCAAAUUAUUCAUUCGACAAUCGGCAGUUUACAUACUACGGGCCAGUUUACAUUUAGGUGUCAUCAUAAGACGAGGCCUGAUUUGAAUGUUUGGACUUCUACCAAGUUGGAGAAUUUCAGGAUUGAUGGAACCAAUUUUUAUGCGAACAACCUGUCUUUAGAGUUGAGUUCUGAUGGUACUUCUUUUCAUCUCAAGUCGUCUGUUUGCACUGAUAGCAUUGUGGAUCUAGUUGCCACAAGACUUACUUCCGGGGUCAAGGUUGGUGAGGACCCGACGACGUAUUAUGGGGAAGAUGAGAAGUCUCCUUGGGGCACAAUGAGACACGUUUUUUGGCCUAGAAACUCUGUAAAUGGUACAAUCACGCUUAAGGGUGGUGUCGCGGUUUCUUUUAAGGAAAACUACUCCAUGUUGGCAAUGGCCAUGCAAGGUAUGAAACCACACCACGCAGCGAGGUCAUGGAAUUUCUUGAAUUUUCAUUCUGAAGAAUAUUCUGUUAUCUUGAUGGAAUUCACUACCCCAAAGUCCUACGAGAACACUGAGGUUUCCAUUGGUAUCCUAUGUGAUAAAAAUAGCGUUUUGGCCGUUACAGUUGAUAACAAAGUUGAACAUCUUGAUGCAUCCGUUGAUUCCGUUGGCUGGCCCGUUCCUAAAGCGAUUUCCAUCGAUUUUCAAGGAGUUUCUGCUAGCAUCACAGACAACGAGAUCGAUACAGCUCCCAAAAUCUCUGCAAAUAUGGAGGGACAGUUGAGUUGUCUUGUUGAAAGAGUUGAUGUUAUGGCGGAGAUUCCAAAUUUCGUCAAAAAUAUCGUUUCAGGUGUAGCUGGGGCUAAACCAUACAUCUACCAGUUUGUCAACGAACUGAAUUUCACGUUUGAAGGUGUUAAGCACAAGGGAUUGGGUUGGUGUGAGGUAACAUUCAUCUCUGAAUUUGACGACAUCUCUCGAAAGUGA